AUGGUGGAUCCGACAAGUGCCGACUACUCACUCGACAAACAUGAUAUUCUCACACGACUUAACCUCCAUUUCGAAACAUUCUGGAGGAAGCUGGAGCGUAAGCUGAAUCAAACCACCCUGCUCCCCCGAAGCGACCGCAACCCAGCGACCCACCUCAAACGGCCCGGUGGUUGAGGCAUCACCCAGCACCGAAGACCAUCCGAGCAGGGCACCAACGCAAACAUGCCUGCCCAACCCGUUGAUGCCGCACCACACAGCGUUCCGGCAGAGACUUACCCCAAGUACCCAGAUCACUCGGGCAGAAGGGCCACAGAUCACAGCGUCACCCGGAGAAAGAAAGAAGCAGGGUGCAGCCAAUCGGCACCAACCACAUCUGUGGGAUCACCGCAUCACACAGAGCCCCUACAUGCCGACAACCAAUGGAGCUCACAGGGCUACAUGGACUCCCCAAGCCUCAACUCGCAUCUACACCCUGGGCUAG